UGAAUCGUUACGGGACAACAUGGCGGCACAGACGGCCCGCUACUACAGCGAAGGCGGCAGAUCGACAAAACGGCAAAAAACCGAAAACGACGGUGGAAUGGCGACCGAAGGUUAUGAAGAUCCUCACAAGACCCUCCCCUCUCUUGUGGUGCAUGUCAGAGGGUUAGUGGAUGGGGUUUUGGAGUCAGACAUUGUUGAAGCCCUGCAAGAGUUUGGAACCAUCAGUUAUGUUGUACUGAUGCCAAAGAAGCGCCAAGCCCUGGUUGAAUACGAGGACAUGAAUGGGUCCUGCAAUGCAGUUACUUAUGCCAACGACAACCAAAUCUACAUUGCCGGACACCCCGCGUUCAUAAACUACUCUACCAGUCAGAAGAUAUCCAGGCCGGGCGACCCUGAUGAUUCCCGCAGUGUUAAUAAUGUUUUGCUUCUCACAAUCAUGAACCCUAUUUAUCCCAUAACCACGGAUGUUCUGUAUACAAUUUGCAACAACUGUGGUCCUGUUCAGCGAAUCGUCAUCUUCAGGAAGAAUGGUGUCCAGGCCAUGGUGGAAUUUGACUCUGUUCAGAGUGCCCAAAGGGCCAAAGCCUCGCUUAAUGGGGCUGACAUAUACUCUGGCUGCUGUACUCUUAAGAUUGAGUAUGCCAAGCCGACACGUCUUAAUGUAUUCAAGAAUGACCAAGACACAUGGGACUACACCAAUCCAAACCUGAGCGGCCAAGGUGCAGAUGCUGAUGGCAAUGGGGGCAAUCAAGAUGUGAAUGCCAACCCCAACAAGCGCCAGAGGCAGCCGGCUUUGCUGGGAGACCACCCUCCAGAGUAUGGUGGGUAUCACGGAUACCAAGAAGAGAGCUACGGUGCAGGACCCUACGAAGGGCGGCGAAUGGGGCCGCCCAUGGGUGGUCCGAGGCGUGGCGGAACCAGUCAACGCUACGGUGGACAGUACGGCCCCCCUCCUCCACCCCCGGGUGAAUACGGCGCGCAUGCGGACUCCCCAGUGGUCAUGGUCUACGGCUUGGAUCCAUCUAAAAUAAACGCAGACCGGGUCUUUAACAUCUUUUGCCUGUAUGGCAAUGUAGAACGGGUGAAAUUUAUGAAGAGUAAACCUGGAGCUGCAAUGGUGGAGAUGGGAGACUGUUACGCUGUAGACCGUGCCAUCUCUCACCUUAACAACAACUUUCUGUUCAACCAGAAGCUCAACGUAUGUGUGUCCAAGCAACAGGCCAUCAUGCCUGGGCAGUCUUAUGAGCUGGAGGAUGGGAGCAGCAGCUUCAAAGACUUUCAUGGCAGCAGAAACAACCGCUUUACUUCUCCAGAGCAGGCAGCAAAAAACCGCAUCCAGCAUCCCAGCAACGUUCUUCACUUUUUCAAUGCAGCACCUGAAGCUUCUCCAGAGGUCUUCACUAGAGUCUGUGAGGAGCUUGAUGUGAAAAGCCCUGCUAGUGUCAAACUUUUUGCAGCAAAAGGUUCCUCAUCAGAGAAGAGUUCAUCUGGGCUUCUGGAGUGGGAGUCUGUUAAUGAUGCCAUGGAAGCCCUUGCCAUGAUGAACCAUUACCAGAUGAAGAAUCCUAAUGGCCCGUACCCAUAUACGCUAAAGCUGUGCUUCUCCACUGCACAGCAUGCAAACUAAGCAGCAUAUUUUGUCAUGUCCCAGUAUCAACCCUCAUCAACUUCACUUGCUACGUUUAUUGUCCUUUAUUGGCUCGUUUGUGCGAGUGGGGGUGCAGAUGUGUUAAGUUUUGUCCUUUAUAUUGAGCCACAGCACAAGCAGAGAGUGAAACUGACUGAACCCUUCAAAUUGUUUUUAAGAGGAGAUUCGAAAAGCUUUUGUACCAGUAUUCUUUUUGUUACCUUUUGUUUUGUUCCUUUUUUUAUUGCUUAUCGUAAUUGACUGUUAGCUGUGUGCUCGGCACCUUACUUUUAGAAACAUUCAACUUGUAAAGAAGAAAUUUUUUUGGAUUGUAAAAUAAAAUUAGUGACAACGGG